AACCAUCCUUCCUCUUCCCAAAAAUGGAGUUGUUCAACUUAAUUUCCAUUUCCCUUUUUGUAUUUUUCCUCUUUUUAUUAAAGAAAUUGAAGAAUUCCAAUAGCCAAAUUAACAAAAGAUUGCCUCCUGGUCCAUCUAAAUUACCAUUUGUUGGAAGUAUGUUUCAUAUGGUUGGUGGACUUCCACAUCGUGUCCUUAGAGAUUUAGCCAAAAAAUAUGGUCCAAUUAUGCACCUUCAACUAGGUGAAGUUUCUCUAGUUGUUGUUACUUCUCCUAACAUGGCCAAACAAGUGUUAAAAACUCAUGACCUCGCUUUUGCAUCUAGGCCAAGACUUUUGGCCUCCGAAAUUGUCUUGUAUAAUUGUACAGAUAUUGCAUUUUGCCCAUAUGGUGAUUAUUGGAGACAGAUGCGCAAAAUUUGUGUCUUAGAAGUGCUUAGUGGAAAAAAUGUUCGGUCAUUCAGUUCAAUUAGACAAGAUGAAACUCUUCGUCUAGUUGAAUUUUUUAGAUCAUCAUCCUCAGGUGAGCCAGUUAAUGUAACAAAAAGGAUUUCGUUAUUCACAAGCUUUAUAAUAUGUCGAUCAGCAUUUGGGACGAUAUUCAAGGAGCAAGAUGAAUUUAUACGAGUAAUGAAAAGUGUGACAUCUUUAUUGGAAGGGUUCAAUGUGGCUGACAUAUUCCCAUCUUUGAAAUUUCUUCAUGUGUUAAGUGGAAUGAAAGGUAAAAUGAUGUAUCUCCACCAUAAGGUAGAUACCAUUGUUGAGAAUGUUAUAAAUGAGCACAAGAAAAAUCUUGUAAUUGGGAAGACUAAUGGUGAAUUAGGAGGUGAAGAUUUAAUUGAUGUACUAUUGAGACUUAUGGAAGAUGGAGACCUUCAAUUUCCAAUCACCAAUGACAACAUCAAAGCUAUUGUUUAUGACAUGUUUGCAGCAGGAACAGAAACAACAUCAACGAUAAUUGACUGGGCCAUGGUGGAAAUGAUUAAGAGUUCAAGUAUACUUUUCAAAGCUCAAGCAGAGGUAAGGGAAGCCUUUAGAGGAAAAGAAACUUUUGAUGAAAAUAAUGUCGAAGAAUUGAAAUACCUAAAACUAAUCAUUAAAGAAACUUUAAGACUUCACCCUCCGCUUCCACUUAUGCUCCCAAGAGAAUGUAGGGAAGAAGUAGAUAUAGAUGGCUAUACUAUUCCUUCGAAAACAAAAUUAAUAGUUAAUGUAUGGGCUAUCGGAAGAGAUCCAAAAUAUUGGGAUGAUGCAGAAAGCUUUAAACCUGAGAGAUUUGAGCAAAGUUCGGUGGAUUUUGCUGGUAAUAAUUUUGAAUUUCUUCCAUUUGGUAGUGGAAGGAGGAUUUGUCCUGGAAUAUCAUUUGGUUUAGCUAAUAUAUAUUUGCCUUUGGCUAACUUAUUAUAUCACUUUGAUUGGAAACUUCCUCCUGAAAUUAAAUCAAGUGAUCUUGACAUGACUGAGUCGGACGGAGCAAGUUGUACUAGAAAGAGUAACCUUCACUUGAUCAUGACUCCCUAUCAACCUUCUCAAGAGUGACUCAAUG